ACAGCAAGGGUUCAGACAGGCUUCACAGUGUACAAGCAAGCCAGACUUUCCAACUUUCCCCACAUUACGUAUUUGCAGGCCAUAAAGGCAAAAAUGGCGGAGCUGCGUCCGCUAAUCCCCGUGCUGGAGGAGUACAAGGCUGACGCCCGGCUGGUUCAGCAGUUUAAGGAGGAGGUGCAGAACUUGACGGCCAGCCUCGGCCUCCUCCAGCAGGAGAUGGGAGCCUACGACUACGAUGACCUGCACUCCCGCGUGGUUAGUCUGGAGGAGCGGCUACGCGCAUGCAUGCAGAAGCUCGCUUGUGGUAAGCUGACCGGCAUUAGUGAUGCAAACACUAUUAAAACAUCCGGGUCUCGGUUCGGAUCCUGGAUGACGGACCCCCUCGCUCCUGAAGGAGACACUAGGGUGUGGUACAUGGACGGUUACCACAACAACCGCUUCGUGCGGGAGUACAGGUCUAUGGUCGACUUCAUGACGUCGGAUAACUUCACGUCCCACCGGCUCCCGCACCCUUGGUCCGGGACGGGUCAGGUGGUCUACAACGGUUCCAUCUAUUUUAACAAGUUCCAGAGUAACAUGAUCAUCAAGUUUGACUUCAAGACCUCCACCAUUAGUAGGUCUCAGCGUCUGGACAACGCAGGCUACAGCAACACCUACCAUUACGCCUGGGGAGGACACUCCGACAUCGACCUCAUGGUGGACGAGGGCGGGCUCUGGGCCGUGUACGCCACCAAUCAGAACGCGGGGAACAUCGUCAUCAGCAAGCUCCACCCCCUGACCCUGCACAUCAUCCAGUCCUGGACAACCAAUCACCCGAGGCGCAGUGCCGGGGAGUCCUUUAUGAUUUGCGGGACGCUGUACGUGACCAACGGCUACUCAGGAGGGACCAAAGUCUACUACGCCUACCACACCAACUCCUCAACGUACGAGUACAUCGAUAUCGUUCUGCAGAACAAGUACUCGCAUAUCUCCAUGCUGGACUACAACCCACGAGAUCGAGCGCUAUACGCCUGGAAUAACGGACAUCAGGUCCUGUACAACGUUACUCUUUUCCAUGUCAUCCGCUCGGAGCAGCUGUAACCAUGGAGAAUUUAGUUUGGAGAAUCUGAAAGGAACAGAAAACUGAACCCAAAACAAUCCUUUUUGAAUGUUCUUCAACAGAUUGUUACAACACUGCAAAAAAAAAAAGAAAAAAAAGAAAAGAAA